GAACUCCGUUUAGAAAGCGGCGUAUUUAACGUGCGGCGCCUUCCCGACGCUCAGAGAUGCUUUACGGAGCCCGGGACAACUUAUAGCGAUUCAGGGCUGCGGUUUAGUGAAUUCGACAUUAAGGCGGUUCAGUCAUUUUACGUCUCGCAGUUUGUUCAGCCGCUGUUAAAUGACCUUCCUGUAGUAGAAUAGCGCCUCAAAACGUGGUCAUUUCACUUGGACGUUUUGGAUGUAGAACGUCUGGAUGCGUUAUUAUCGUGUGUUUGCCGUUUAUGGUAGUUAACUUCAAAGGUUUGACAAAGGAGAUGUCAUCAUUUGGAUUAGUUAUGUUUUCAAAUAGUGUGUGUGUGGGGGGGGGGGGGGGGUGACGUCACUCUCAUCGGGCUGCAGUAACCUGGCCCGGUGUGGUUGAGCGUGGUUUGCUGCGGGUUCAGCGUCUCAGCAGGCGAGCUCAUACAUGCACAUCCAGUGUCUGCCAUAGUGGAGGCUCAGUGCCGCUGCCUGUGCAUGUCCACUGCCCCCGCUCUCUUUAUUAUCACAUCCUCCCGCUAAUCCCCUCACAACACGUCUGCCUCUGCGUGGAACCCGUGCAAGGUGCGCAGCUGUAGGUGCGGCAGCGGACGGGACGAGGCACUCGUCGCGUCUCGCAGAGAAGUGGAGCCCGUAAAUCAUUUACAGUAGUUGGACCAUUACACGGGGUUUGUCAGAGUUGAGCGCACACCCACGCGGUUCGGGCUGGAUCCUUGCGCUUAUAUAAGUGUUAGCUGGCAGAUCCGGCGCACACACCCACAGCCAGGCCGACCUCCAGGGCAGUGUGCACCGACGUGCUUGCGCUGCGCGAGGCGCACACAAUGCCGCACGCAAAGUGCCGUUCAAACACAACAAUUAGUCAGCGGCUCACAAAGCCUCAGAACAAACAGCAGAUGAAGCACCAGGUACGGCUGAGCAUCCGAGCGCAGCUCACCUGCGUCCGAGGAGAGAGAGGAGAGAGUCUCCUGCUGUGUGAGUGCAUUGGGAAAAGGCCAGUGUGCAAAGUGAGAUUGUAAAUGACGCUGAUUCUGAUUGUUUGGUUAAGAGAUAACAUUUAACUGUUUGUUGUUGGUUAACCAAUAUUUAAUUUGACAGCAUUUGGCUGGUUAAUAGUUAGCUCCAUGCCAGCGAGGGAUACGUGGACCGAUUUCUGCAGGCGUGUGAUCAUGGAAUCGCUCAGAUGAUUAGUAGAAUACUGUGUGUCCAGUGAAACUCCAAAAUGAACGGGCAGGAGUUGUCCGAGCUGCUUCUUGGAUGGAGUUGUUUUGCAGCUUUAAUGCAGCAUCGUUCAGGUGAAUAAAUAAUAAAAUAAUUGAAUGAAGCGGAAGUAAUCCAAAGGUUAAUAGAUAAGGUGAUGAGGUGAGGUGAAGUUAAAGGUCGGAGCUAAAAGAAGCACAACGACUUGCUACCACUCAUUUGAAUUUGUAACGAGCACAAGUUAAACUCAGAAUCCAGAAACGUUGAAACACCAGCAAACAUUUCUAUCGCACUGAAUUAUGAUCAUGCCCGAAUCUGGCCGCGUUUGAAAGCUUUGCAGCAUCCAGCUGGUGCCUGUUGCAGCACCGCUCCCCUCCAGUCAUGAAGCUCAGUCUCUGAUCUGUCAGUUCACAGUUUUAACGCCGCUCCGGAUGAAGCCACGUUUGCUGUAGCAUGUAUUGUUUUGCGAUUUGAAUUAUUGUUUGAGCUUUGUACAUUUUUUCUGACUUGACCCGUUGUAGGAUACUGGGAGUAAACGUCAUCAGGGGCUCCAGUGCAGCUUGUAAAUAUGCUUCUCAUUUGAUAUGGUUUGAAAAUCUCAUCAGAUAUUACACAGUAAACAUUAACCUUGAUGACCUGUGGCUGGUGUGUGCGCACAGUGCAGAGCAGAGGUCAGUGAAGGAACAAAUGAUCACAUUAAACAUGUUCAUCCUCUGACAAACGGAGCAGCGCAGUGAAAAAACGGCCGGUUGCUAUAGACACAGUGGAGUGAAAGUUGACUGUGGGAGCACAGUAUUUUAAAACUGAGCGUGUUGUGGUGAGGCUUUUGUCUGAAUCACAUCACUAGAAACAGACAUAGGUGAGGAUAAAAGAAAUCGGUUUCUCAACCGAUGCAGAUAAGACUGAGCUGACAAUAAAAUGCAAGGCAGUCUAUGACAGUGAGAAAUGACAUUCAUAAUUUAUAAUAAUUGAGCUUUGUUGAUCCCACUUUGGGGAAAUUAACCCCUGCGUUGGGGAAAACAGCUGCGAUGCAGCGUCCAGGGAGCUAGUGUGAGCUGUGACUAGUCUGUUCAUUAGCAAAGCAUUUAUCAUUAACACACAACACAAAAGGAGGUGUGUGUGUUUGAGGCAUGGACCACUACUAGAACUGAAACACAGUCAGUUGUAGCUUCUGCAAGUCACAAACCGGUGCAUGGACGUAUGACAAGAAGCCAUUAUUGUGGCCCCAUGGAAAAAGAUGGGAAAGGUUGUUGAUGUGGCAGAAAUCCAGCACAGCUCAUGCAGCAUUGUGAAGUGGGAACAAUGUUCAUAUUUGUAGUAGAUGUCUGACACCAUGCAACAGUUCACACACUGAGAAUCCUGUUUAAAACUUCGAGCUCCACCAAGUCGCUGUGCAGGCGCUCAGACCCGUAUGGCGGCCAACAUGAACCCCGAGGGUCACGUGACCCCUGCGGGGCUUCGGCGGCACUUCACAGCGUUUCUCAACUCCUGGACGGCUUCGCAGUCGAAUUCUUGUGAUGGCACAUUUCAGACACUCCGCACCUUAGAGCUAAGGUGGAGCUGGAGGUGCAGCCAGGGAUCGAAAGCUAGUGAAAACAGGCCUGAAGUGUCUGCAGCGUCAGCGGCUCCGCUCCGCGGGUCUGUAAACAGCUGCUCCUCGUGCUCCAGCGCUCGCCGCCGCAUUGGUCCACAGUUACCUGCUGCUCCCAGAAGCCCUACUGAUGUCACUGGCAUGCGUGGAGCUCCUCCGUCGCCCCGGGCAGAGGCGGGAUCACACGGCACCAGUACCACCCGCCGUGGAAGCGGUGCCGGCACGAACGCCGCCGCCGCCUCCCUCGUGUCACGUCAUGUCAGGCCCCGCUUAUAGCUGCGUGCAGAUUAUGCCCUGUUGAAGGAGAGAUGAUGGAGAGGUGGAGCUCUGCAGGACAAAUCCAGGUUGUUAGACUCAGAUCAUCGCACUUCAUGUCACAGAAAGCCCCUGGAUUACAAAGGCAACCAGUUAAGAAUCAAUGAAGUGAAGUGAAACCUGCAGUGUCUCGGGACGCGCGACCGCUGUGCUUUCCUUCGCUGUCAGUGUUUACAACUGACUGUGUGUUAAAGGCGCAUACGCAUGUGAAGUGACUGUGAGUGGGUGUGUUACUGUGGCUCCAGUUGUAAGAGAAAGUGAGGAGUGAGGCCUUAUAUAAGCACAGUUUAGACGAUAAGCAGAGGGAACUGCAUGAAAUCAGGUCAACUAUGGGUCAACGGUUCAAUCUGCAGCGAUGUGAUUACAUACUGGAACUGAGGGUCCAGGAAGAGCACAGGAGGAUGAAGCCUUUGACCGUUUCCAGCAGCAGCGUCAUCAUGGUGACAUAAGCCCACAUGACCCGGACAGUCACCUGUCAGCAGUCGCACAGCAGGAAACACACCAAGUUCAUUCUGAGGUCCGGGCACAGAAGCAUGUUGGCUCCACAUUCACAUCCAGCCUCUUCCUGACACUUUCCAGUCAUCGCGCAAACAAACGGGAGCGACGACCCACAUCCCACCCUCACAGGUCCACGGACAGACUCCAGAAUCAGCCCACUGUCGACUGACCCGUGAAUGUAACGGCCUGCACAGAAUCUCAUCUGGGGACAGCUCUGACUUUAAAGCGCUCGUUGACCCAUCAAACUCCGGUACCAUGUUGUCGUCCACGGUGGUUUCGGUUCUGGCUCCGCACUGGAGCGGCCGACGCCGCGGCAAAAGGUUAGAGGAGACGAACGCCUCAGAAGCCCAGGGAAGUCCAGGAGUGGCGAACACCCUUAACCGGGCCCAGCAGCCCAGUCAGAGCCAGCGUCUUUCUGAUGGGCUCUUUACAGACGGGUCGCAAGACCGUCCGAGGGUCCCUCCUCUGGGGAGCAGGAGCCACACCGCCGGCUGGUCAAGCAGCAGUGGGCCCGCGAGCCUGAACUAUGACUGUCAGAGAAAAAUGACCCAGACGGUGUCGUUGGAUGUAAACUCUGGAAGACUGGACAACAAGUCUGGCCACACGGCUGCGUCUCCUCUGCCGCUCCUCCAUCUUAACCCCAAUGAACAAGCCGGACCCUCAAUGUUAGGCUCCAAACCAGCCACCGGCACUUCGCUUCUAACCCUGAGACGAUCCAAUGUCUUGUUUUCCUCUCUACCCCUGAACAAAGACACAGAGGACAAACAAUCUCAAAUGAUUGGUUGGUCCAAGUCCAGUCUUACAUCUUCCAAACAUUCAUUUCAAAAUAAGGCACCUUCUGAUACGAACCAAUUCCCCGAGUUGCCGGCCCGUGCCACACAUUCGUCAUUUGACUCCACCCUAAAAGAACCUUUGUUCUUUAGAAGAACCAUCCUAACAUCCAAAUCCUGGUGGAAACAGGAUGUUCAGGAGGACGGUUUCCCUCCAACCACCGGCGAUGCAGCCAAGGUGACUGACACCCACAGCCCCCCCACAGAUCCCCCCCGUAGGGAUCACAGCGACGUGGCCUCUGCUUUGCCCAACGACAGCCAAGGUUUUACUGGUUCGACCUCCAGCAACAGAGACAACAGUAACACAACAGAGUCCGUUUGCAGAAGUAACACUAACCUUGCUAUGAAGACACAGGGAGGACUUCACAAUGAACUAAGAGCAACAGACUCACCUGACCACAGGUCAGAUCCGCUGGUCAGACAGUUGUAUGGCUCCCAUUUAAAGACCAGGGAACCACAGGAGCCUCACGGUCUGACCAGCACAUUGUCCUCCUCUAUAAAUACACCACUGACUCCUACCAAGGAUUUCAAGCUUCAUGAAAGUAAUGGCUGCAUUUCAGAAAAUCUACCACGGCCCACUUUACUGAAUCCCACAAGCUCAGCUUCACCCACUGAGAGAAGCAGUACAUUUAAUUUGAAUCCUUGCUCCCCCAGGUCCUACAGCCUCCCCACGUCGCCUCACCAAAGCCCGUCUGACAGGCAGGCUUCUCCUUCCGCCACCAGCCAAGCUGAUUACACCUCCGCUGUUGCCCCCAACACCAACUCUAGCGCCGCUCUUCAUUCCCAUCCUGUUUCUUCUCAGCCUAGCAAACACACCUUAUUACACACCGGCUCUCCUUUCCAGGCCCCGAGCAGAACCAGCCCCUCCCCUCUUGGCUUUGAGAGGACCUACGCCUCCUUACCUAAGCCGUUCCGCCCUAAACCAGUGUCCAGCCUGAUUCCCAGUGUCACUGGUUUCACCAAGAACCACACCAGCCCGGUGUCCACUGCGUCUAUCUCAUCUUCCACCACUGCAGCUACAACUGUCCCCAGUCUAUACCUCACCUCUCCGUCUGCCAUUAAAACCACUCCCACUGCUGCCUCCGUCUCCUCGCUCCUGACACCUCCUGCGACGCCAGUCGGCCACAACUGCGCAGACAUUUCAAGCCCAACACUUUCAAUCAAUCCAGAAAAAGACCCCAAGAAAGGGGAGGGGAAGAGAGUCAGGCGAGUAACGUGGAACGACUCAGUGGACCUGCAGCAUCCUGGGUCCGUUUCAUUAGAGAAACCCGAUCAGGUCCCCACAAACCCCCUGUCUCCUUCCAGGUCCCCCCGAAACGUCAGCACUCCGUCCAUCUUCUCCUUCCUAAGAUCCAACAGUCCCAACAAAACUACAUCUCCCCUCAGGUCCCCUUCCCCUAAAACCUCGAGCAUCCAGGUGAGGAGCGGAGAGAAGUUUCGAUCCUUGUCGUCAGACUCUGCUGAUUUAAAAUGCAGGGAGCAGGAGAGAACGAGGCACAGGCCAAGUGACGCUGCGAUCUUUAACCAAGACAGACAAGACUUGCCGACCCACAGGCAGGAGAGGACGCAGUCGGUGGAGGCCGACGCGGGUCAGAGCCACCCGUCUGCUCCUCUGUCUCUGCCUCCAGACUUCCCCAGCGGUUACAAGCUUCGUUACAGCUCGCCCCCUUACACCAGUCUUGUGUCCAACAGGUCAAUGCAUGGAGAAACCAGGGCUAGAGCACUUAGACCACCCCUCUUCCAAGACGCCUCUCGAUCAAUUUAUUCCUCGCAUCCCUCCUCAAAUACCGAUCCUGCCGAAGUAAAGCUGCUACCCACAUCCAAGUCCCCCACUUUGCCUGUUGGCCCAACUCAGCCCCUAUGUAUGUCCUUGAAAAACAAGAUGCCAGAACAUUCAGAGUUUGAGCUUCUACAAGCUGAUGAAGCCAACAGUAAUCACAGCAGGAAAGGCGGCCAGAGCCACCACAACGGCCAGGUAUCGCUUGUUAAUAACAGAGUCCACAUCACCUCUCGCUCUCUGGACAGUGACGCUCACGACUCAACGUUUGUAACUGAGACACUGGUUUACAGCAUUAAACCUAAAGUGGGUGCGCCUCCCCCUGCUCCAGCCCGCGCAUCACCUGCACCUUCACCUUCACCACUUCCCACAAAUACAAAGGCCUCUGUGGAAACCAAGCGAGGUCAGCAGCCUCACAGAGGGCAGAGGGCGGCAGAGGCUCAUCCACAGAGUCACUCGGAUCAGAGCUCCAGUGGGAGCAGCUCAACAGAGAGUCAGCAGUUAGAGGGGGAGGGCUGGGGCAAGAAGAUGAAAGCUACCGUGCUGGGUAAAAGCAGGUUCUUCUCAAUGGAGAGCCCAAGUGAACAAAGUCAGAAGAAAAGCCGGUUUGCACUGAAGAAGAGCGUUAGUAGCCCGAACCCCAGUUUAUUGAGGUCGGACUCAGAGAGGAGCAACAGGCCCAACAACAAAGUGGACCAGGUCCUUAACAAACUCAGACAAACCUUCAGCAACAAAAGAUCUGAUGACGAUGCGUCGUUUCCAUGGAAAUGGAGGAGAGCCUCCCAUACGCCUUCGCUCAGUGGGUCCAGCGACACCACUACAGGCAGCAGCAAAACCCUGGAGGAGCGGGAGGACAGAGGAACCGAGGGAGCUGAGAGAUGGGCACCAAACAAAUACACCAUCGUACCGCCUUCACCGGACAGCAGAGCAGCGCCCGGGGAUCAGUUCUCAGCCGGCUCUGACCGGGACGGGCUCAGGUCCGAUAGUAAACCGCAGGUUCACGUGACGGUACACAGCCCAGCGGCGCAGCCGUUCGACUACUACAGCGACAGCGGAGCAACAAACCACUUCCUCUUCUGUAGAGAUCCUCCUGGACGAAGCGGCAACCCUCCUGCGUGUUACCCUGCUCAGUGUAGGAAGUCCACCUCCAGCCCCAGGAGCCCUUUCUCGCCCUUCUCCUCUCUCUCACCCCUCUCCCCGUUCUCCUCACCUGACGUGACAGAUGACAGCGUCUUCUACAGCCCGAAGCUGCAGCGCCGCAGAGAAUCGCCCUCGCCGUGCGACCCGGGGGAGGGUCUCAGCCUGGGGGCCUCCAGGAGGAGUCGAGCAUCCACAGGUCCCCCGAGUCCAGGCCACGCCCAGGGCAGCCAGCACUUCGCGUCCUCCUAUGCUGAUCUGAAGUACGGCAUCGAGCCCGGCAGGUCGUUUUCUGUGAGCUCGGUCCUGUCGAGUCGAGCCUCGAAGCCUGGACGCAUUUCCACUGGAUCCAGGAUCAUGAGUGUUGGCGACCUCUCCGAGUCCGUCCUGACUUGUGCAGGUGCCGGCGGGGACAGGGAUCGGGGGUCCUAUCCGCCCGCAUGGACUACGGGCCAGGAUUGCCAACCCGCUAUGAACUUGCAUUUGCCCAGUGACCCUGGUAAAGUGAGGUCCAGGUCCCUUCCUCGAUCACUGACCCUCGCUAACUGGAGCUCAGGAGUGUCCAUCUGUCACCCUGCUCCUGCUGCGUCCUCCAGGUCAGCCCGCCUCUGGAGUCCAAACAUGAACCCCUGUCACUUUGCAUGGGAUGCUGAGGCUCCUCCGACUCCUCCUCCGACACCCCCCCUGUCCCCUGUGUCCAGACGUAUAUCCAAAGCUUCCAGCCAGGCCUCUCCUCCUUUCUCCAGCUCGCCGGGAUCCCCGCAGAGUGCGGACAGCCAGACGUCCAGGGGCCAUCGGCCCUCCAGAGGUUACGUCUCCAGCCUUAGCACUUUUGAGGAGUCCUCAGACAGUAGCUCGGACACGACAACAGACGACGAGUAUUACCUAGAGACGGGCGAAGAAGAGAAGGAGACUGAGCUGUGAAAAGAAAAAUGGAGCAACGUCCACAAGAGCAAUGAUGCACAGGGGCCUCCUCUGAUCGUCUCAUUUUAACCUGUUGGGAUAGUCGGUUGCUUGCAUGAUUUGCCUUUUAAAAGUAGUGGUUGUAUCACAGAACUGAGCGAGCAUGUCAUCAGCUUAGUGUGUAACCUGAAGCGUGUACCGUAAAUACAGUUUAAGAGGAGAUUUUGACUUUCCUGCAGUUUGGAGCGUUGCAUGGCUGUAGUGAGCUGUUUAAUAAUCGCUCUGCUGGUUGAGGCUCUGGACGCCUUUUGUCUUUAGGUUUGCAUUUCGUCCUGCUUCUUAACAGUGCGUGCUGAGAUAAGCUGCUGCCAUAGAAUGUACCACGUGUGUUCUACUGUUUGGACGUUGAGAGUAGCUGCGGUUUUAUUAACCAUUUUUUUUCUUUUCACCUUUUGUAAAUGGUUUGUGUUGAUUAUUAAUAUUGUUUGUACUGUGGGAUGAAGAUGAUGUUCAGAUUAACAUUCUCUGGUGACUUCAUCACGUGCUCUAUGCAGCGCCUGCUCUUAUUUGCUCUAUUUGCACAACGACAAUAAAAAUUCCUAAUAUAUCUUUUUAUAAAUAAACGUAAUGUUUCCAAAAAGAAUGCUUGUGGACGUUUACACUAUAAUUUGACAUUGUGUAAUUUCAUUGCUGUGUUUUCCCAUGACAGUAUUUACAUACCAUAAUAGGUGCAGCGGUAUGCUGGCUGUUGGCUGGACAAACUAGAUCUGGUGCCUGAGGCCACCUCCAGUCGGCAGGAAUGCGUUGGUCAUAUUAAACUGUGUUUUGCUGGAUGUUAUCUACUUUAAAUAGUGGUGUAGGUGGAGCUGUGGAACAGUUUCACAUAAUUCAAGUGGGUGUUUCCUUUUGUUCUGUGGCAACACCCGGCGUGUUAUGAUUAGAUAAAAGUGUAAAACUGUCGCUUUGUGUCCAGGUUUGCUGAGAAUGGCUUUGUGCGACUUAUGUAAGUGACUUUCUCUCAUUAUUUCCCCAUGUGCACCACAUUAACCCUGACAUCAUGUGGGAAAGGCGUCGCACCGUGUGUCAUAGACCUCAGAGCAGCAAGUGUGGAUGUUUCCAUCUUUAUGUCAUUGUGAUGAAAUGGCAUCAUUGUUCACACUAUGGUUCAGGUUUUAUUACCCAACACAUGAACAACAUGCCUCAUAGGCCUGAGAGAAAAACAAAAACGGAGCAUGUGCAUGAGACAGUUAGGACCCACUGCUCAGCGGAGCUCAGGUUACCUGUGUAGGGAGACUGAACAGAAGCUCAGGAAGGGAAGGUCUGACUGUGGCAAUGCUGAAAGAUGGAGGUCAGUCGGAAAAAGGCGUAGCCAGAUGUUCUGGUGCUUGGCAUGUUGAAAAUACUGCAAUAGCUUAUUGAACCCUGGGGUACCAGAACGUGGUCCAGCAGUGUUGAGGGUAUCACCUAAAUGUCACUUUUACCUCUGAGGAUAAUUUGACAGACCUGGGGGCUGUGAUGUAGAGUCAUCAGCCUGUAACGUGCUCCUGAGUGUCACACAACAGCAACUCCACUGCUGGUUGCAGACCUGGGGUCAUAGGUUGUGGUAUUAAAAUCAAACAGCCCUGAAUAGGAUGGAGGUGACGGUGCUCAUCCAGGUGUUCCCCCGGUCAGACAUGCACUCAGCUCGUCUGGAGUGUCUGCACGUGUGGGCCUGUGAUGGACCGGCGAGGCCCUCGCCCACUGACAGCUGACACAGACCCAAUCAUUGCCUUCAGAUUCAGAUGAUGAAUGAGCGAGUGGAGAUGCUGCACAAUCAGACUCUAACCCCCAAACCGACGGAGGCAGGAAUUGGAGGUGCUCCGUGCAGCCUCGCCAGCCGUCUACAAACCCGACUCUCUGCCAGCGACACCAUUUGUCAGUUCAUUUGUACUGUUGUAGCGAAGUGUGAGAAACACAGUCCUAGUGUUGUUGCAAAAACUGUUCCUGGGUUUCUCUGAGCUUCAGCCACAGUAUCUGACAUGUCCCUCGGGCUUCAGCUCUAUUCACGUAUAGUGACACCACUGUCAGCUAUAGCACGACUGUGACGGACAUGAAGGGAAGCUGUGUUUGUCUUAAAGCAAAGACAGAAGCUGCUCCUGUACUUCCACCUGCAGCUUCCAACAGGACUGAUGUUGAACCUUUAACACAUGAUAACAGUAUCACACGCUGUGAUGAAGCAAUAAUAUCAGAGGUGUCUUUGA